AUGCGCACUCGGAACGGUUCUCCCCGCCGCAGAGGCCCCGGCCUGUCCGACGCCAAGCGUGCUGCUGAUAUGGAGCCGCCUUUAAGCGCUGAACAAGAGUCGACUGAGCAGGGAGAUGAAGAAAUUGGAGCUGGGAGUGACGAUCAUAAUAGCCAUGAAGACCCGAGUGAUUUGGGUGUGGAGAAUGAUGACGAGGACGUGAAUGUGGAGAAUGAUGGCGACGACGUGGAUGUGGAGAAUGAUGCAGAGGAGGCGUCUAAUGACGAGGCGAGUAACGAUGGUGACGUUUCUGUGUCUGUGGAUGCGCUUUCUACGUGGCAUGCCGACUGGGACACCUGGCAAGCAUAUUUUUCGCUGUACUGCAAGCGAACCAUGCAAGUCCUGCCUGUAAAAGAGACCAUGUCACGCGCAGAGAGAAACAGGCGGUUGCUAAAGACCAAGAAAGGGGAGAAUUCGUCUCAGCUGGUUCCUGAGGAAUUUGAUUCAUACCAGCGGACGUACAUCUGUACACACGGGUGGAAGAAACGCAAGUCACGCAGUGAAGGGUGUCAGCCUCGCCAGCACAUCCUGUUGACGGAUUGCCCCUUCGUUUUGUCGUCCAUUGGAAUAUGGCGAAGGGAGGAUUGA